GGAAUAAGCAAUAUUAAGAACGAAGGAAGAACGACAGUCGUGCAACAAGCACAAUAAACCGGCGCUACGAAAACACUUGAAAUAAUAUUUGAAGUAAACAAGGACUAAUAAUGUUCAAGUGCUGCAGAUGUUGCUCGAAAGGGUCACAUUCGAACACUGAUUCGGAUUCGAACGACACUCCGACAGCAUCGCGGAAGAUAAUUGAGUCGAAAAAAGACGUUGAGGAAAUGGAUGUGUCACCGAAAGUGGCAAACGGCGAUGUACCGCGAGCGGAGGAUACGAAAGAGACGAAGGAAACAGAAAAGACGGGGAAAGCAGAGGAAACUGUGAUCGAGUCGGCUUCCCCAGCUCACCCUGCAACGGAAGCUCCGUCCCGGCAGCAGGGUGAAAAAGACGACGGUUCUGAGGCGAAGCCAGAUUCGGUCUCAACGAAAAAAGCAGAGAUCAACAAAGCUGACGUAAACAUCGGCGACACCGAGGAAAAGUCAAGCUCGGGCACGUCGGAAGAAGAAACGGUUCACGAAAUUGAUAAACGUGAUAACGUUGUCGAAAAGGAGGCAAAUCUUACAGAGGAAGAGGCGGCAUCGCUUUCCGGUUCCGCGACGAAAGAAUGUGAGCAGAUGGCCGAAAAAGUUUGUCCCUACGACGAAGGCCAAUCUGUCAACAAUGAAGUUGAGUUUGACGUCCCCGUCGGAGAUCAGGCAGAGAGCGACAUGAUCGCGAUGAAGAUCCCGAUCUGUCCGGCCAAAACGAAUCUUUAUUGCAGCUCGGGAUACAUUGAGCGGACGAUCGAUGACGGACUGGAUGACGAAGGCGACGACUCGGUUUUCGAGGCCUGUCCGAGCGAGAACGACGCGGCUAAUAAGGCGCAAUCAGUUGGCCCCCUCUCAGACUGGAUCACGCAGCAGCACGAUCUUCUGGAGAAGAACGGCGAACACGUGCGAGGAGGAUGCAGCGGCAUGCAGGAGCCGCCGGCGACGCCGGUUGCUCGCGACGAGCUCGCUCUAAGACGGCACAGAUUCUUCUCUGAGUUGUUGCAAGUCGCGCAGAACACGGAGCACAGAGUGAGGUUCGACCCGCUAGGACCGAGGGUGCACACCGGUUGCAGUGAAAUCGGCGACAGAGAGGAAUACCUGGAACAGUUGGUGAAUCGGCUGGAGAACGUGACGAGGCGACUUGAGAAAGUACCGGUACCCUUAUCGGUCCAGACUCAAGAAACUUCCGUGCAAGUACCCUCACCGAAAUCUACACCGGCAAAAAGUAACUCGCCGACAGAGGACCCACCGACACAGGGCUCACCGACGAAGGAAUCACCAAGAUCAUCUCCGGACCCAGUUUGCUCGAUCGAACAAAUAAUUCCACAGCAGCCUAUAAGCAUGUCCGUAAUCGGAUACGAAGAUCUCUUGGCCGGCCCGGUUAAGGAAUAUCUAGCAUUAAGUCAGAAGAUCGGUGGCGAUGUAGCCGCUCAUAGCAACCUCGUGGAGAAAGCUUUUCACUUUCAACUGCAGUUCAUACAUACAGCGGCGAGCCGUGCAGCACCGGCGAGCCAAUCCGAGCAUAUGGCUCUGCUUCAACCUAUGUCCGCGCAGAUUCAGCAGAUUCAAGAAUUUCGCGAGAAAAAUCGUGGAUCCCCGUUCUUCAAUCACCUCUCGGCGAUUAGCGAAAGCAUUCCCGCUCUGGGAUGGGUCGCGGUAACACCUACACCUGCCCCGUAUGUAAAGGAGAUGAACGACGCCGGUCAAUUUUACACUAAUCGUGUAUUGAAGGACUGGAAAGAGAAAGACAAAAUACAUAUAGACUGGUGUAAAGCAUGGGUGCAAACGUUGACCGAUCUGCAGCAGUAUGUCCGUCAACACCACACGACGGGCUUAGUGUGGGGCAAAACUGGCACCGCACCAGCGGGCAUACCACCUCCCCCGCCCCCUUCGAUGCCGAUCGGAGAUAUUCCACUGCCCAUGGUCAAUGACGACAGGAGCGCCCUUUUCGCUCAGAUCAAUCAGGGAGAGGACAUUACAAAAAAUCUGAAGAAAGUUACUUCGGAAAUGCAAACGCAUAAAAAUCCCUCUCUAAGGUCCGGGCCUGCGCCGUUCAAAGCACCGAUAAUCGCUAGUGUGACGCCGAUGAAGACUGUGUUAUCAGCGAACGCGCCCAUCGACAAACCAUCCGUGUUUACCAGAGAUGGCAAGAAGUGGCUCGUGGAGUACCAAAAAGGCGAAAAUUUAGUAGUCGAUAACGUGGAGAUGAAUAACGUAGUUUACAUGUUUCGAUGUCAAGACAGCACGCUCACCGUCAAAGGCAAGGUGAAUUCCGUCGUGAUGGACUCCUGCCGCAAAUCGUCCGUUGUAUUCGACUCCCUCGUGUCCAGCAUCGAGUUCGUCAAUUGUCAAAGCGUACAAAUGCAGGUUCUUGGAAAAGUACCUACGAUCUCGAUCGACAAGACAGACGGCUGCCAAAUGUAUCUGAGUGCGGAGUCUCUCAACGUCGAGCUCAUCACCAGUAAAUCUAGCGAAAUGAACGUCAUGGUUCCCAAGACCAACGGAGAUUACGCCGAAUAUCCCGUGCCGGAGCAAUUUAAAACCACCAUCAGCCAGAACGGUCUGAACACCACGGCUGUCGAUUCGCUCGGCUAAGGGCGUGUCGAAUCAUGAUUUACGCAUAGCCUACGCAUCUCUCCUUAACAACAUAACUCACUAGAGGUAUCGUCGUCCAAGAGACAUCAAUUUAUUAAUAUUCUUAUCAUUAUUAUUUAUUGUCUUCUUGUGGAUAAUGCGUAGCUAAGGGGGAAAAAAGGGCAGGUCCGAUAUACGUUUUGCUUGCGACGUGCGACGAAGUCACUUCGAUCGUGUGUAUCCAACGGACAUUGGUGAUGAGCUGUGCGCAUAGAGACGCACUCGGUGAUAAGCAGGCCAAUGAUAACGUAUUCGCUGAAGUAUCGCUUGAGAAAUCUUACGUCAUUUGUGGGAAUGUCUUUCUGAAAUUGUUAAAAAUUCGUCGAAGGGGGAACGUGAAUUCGACGAUCGAUUCACCCAGGUCGGAGACAUCUUGAAUCAAGAUGAUCGGUUUUCGCGAAGGAGAAGAAGAAAAAGUCGCUGAAAAAACGAUCCUUUACCGACUGUAAUAUAUACACGUACACCAGUAUAGCGCGAAGUCUGGGUUAUAUCACGUGACGUUUCGUUUCUCAACAUCUCCAUGUGCGACCAGGCACUCGCAUAUCGAGAUCAGGAGGGGGGAGACGUCGCGAUGGUGUGUGUUGUGUCACGGUGUGGACAAAAGUUUUAUCGUCUUCGAUCAUCGCUCUUUUAUACAUUUACACCGUUUUUCUAUCGUACAAGAAGAACUUUUGCUCAAACCUGUCGUCGCACAGAACUCGCUAUCUACAGACCGGGCGAAACGAGCGUACACACAUAUAUAUAGAGCUAGCAGGGAAACGGGAUUACUAGGCCUCCGAGCGUUACUCGCGACUUGGUGUCAGACACCAAUGUCAUCAAUAGUUCGAUAUUGCUGCUUCGCCUCUAAACUAUCGCGCUGUCGAGUUCAGUAUCGUACGACAUUACCUGGAAACGGGGAGUUCCAAUAAUCGGCUACGUGAAAAAUUAGGGAUCUAACAACGCGGUUGCGCGAUGUUUUUUAACGAGGGCGCACACACACACUCGUUAGUACUACUAGUAUUACUUGAAUAAAGCACAGCAUUAAAACGGAGAUGAGAAUGCGCAUCUGCGAACACACGGCGAAACAACACAGACAAACCGUCUUGGCAUACCGUUUGUCCGUAUCGCACAAUUCAUUGUAAUAAACACGUAAUUAUUUAAUCUAGAAUAUUUUUAACUUAACAAUAGUAUCGUGAAGAGAAACAUCGUCAUUUACAUGCGUUUUCGUUUAAAUGUCGAUUAUAUACAAUAUAAUCACUAUUUUUCGUUAUAGGUAUAAUUUUUGGUGAUGAGUCUAAUAAAUCUAAUAAAGUGAAGUUAUAUAUACCA